UUUCAUCGUUAUCAAUCGGUUGCCUGAGCAUCGGACUCACAGUGCAAAAGUGCGACCUCAGUUUUCGUCUCUCGAAGCGGUCGUAAUAUUCGCAGGCGCUAUUCCAGGCGACCUCAGAGGAGUAUUAUUGCAACUGUCGCGACAAUGAUGAAUCACAUACUUCAACCUCCUCUGCCGUUGGCAUCGGAUAACCCCUUCUCGGAGCAGGAAUGCAUCGAUCACCUUAGUACUCAUGCGCACCAUAACUCCUAUGCAGCUGGUGUACCCGACCAGCUAAGGCGCGACGGGGCCCUGGCCCAUACAGCGGGUAGUAUGCCCUUGACCUCCAUUACAAGCCGUUACGGUGCACCUCGUCCCGACGCUGCUUACCAGUCCGACUCUGGGCCUGGAUCUAUCUCCACCUCGCCCAGCUCCAACGCUUCAUCUGCGUUAGCUUAUUCCUACUCGUCUUUCUCGCCGACCCUGGCGACAACAUACUCAAAUCAUUACCCAGUAGCAAACAACUACAGCAACUUCCCGUGUGCAUACGGGAACAUGUCUUCGACUCGUCGAAUAUCGUCCAUAACUGAUGCUUCGUCGUCAGUGAUGUUACCUCCGACACGAUCACCAGGGCUGGGCAACCCUGUAUCACCAGCCAUGGGUCUGUCUGCAAGAGAUAAUUAUACGACAGCAACGCCUGGCUUGCACAGACAUCCUCACGCCUUGUCACCUCGACAUUCCGAACUGUCUCGUUACAACUCACUGCCCGACACGCCCAGGAGUGUUCUACCUACUGCUAUGCCUCUACCGACAUACAAUGGUUACCAGACUGGUGGCAGCUAUACGACACAUAGCCAAACAGAAACUCCGCCAUUCAAUACGCAAGAGACAAUUGCCACGAUCACCUGUGAAGGUGCAACAGUGGUACCAACGAUCGAGGCCAAGAUCGAGAAAGGAUUUUUUUUCUCCACCGAUCGCGUAUGGACAUGUUACCGGAGAAACUACUUCGCUGUUAACGUAUCUUUUGGGCUUUCUCCAUGGAUUCCGAAUGCCCGGUUGUAUCUCGACCAGGGAAACGGCAAGCAAGCCGACCAAAUCCAAUCAAUGGCUGUUUCACUCGCCGCUGCCGUCGAUGGUACGGGAGGUAAAAGCAUUGAGCUGAUACAGCAUACUCCAAAACGCGACAAAGGGCCUCAGUUAGCCAUGAAGAAGGAAUUGCUUUCGCCGAUGCCCCCGGGAAAGAGUCAUGAGCAUGGUGGUUAUGGUAUUAGUAGCUUCCAUCAGCCCUCGAGUGUAGCAGGACCACAACUUCCUCUGCAGAAUGAUGGCGACUCCGUGUCACAACAAUACUCUCCAACCACGCAUGCGAGUAGUAGCUAUCAGCAUGGAUUCGAGCGCAUACAAUUCAAGUCUGCGACUGCCAACAACGGCAAACGUCGAGCCCAACAACAGUACUACCAUCUUAUUGUUGAACUCUGGGCGAACAUUCAGAAUCCUCGUGACAACGAGCCAAAAUGGGUCAAGGUUGCUGCUCGAUCAUCACAUCAGGUCGUGGUUCGUGGCAGGUCGCCCAGCCACUACUCAAGUGAGACUCCUCACAAUGCAGGAACCUCAAGAGGUUCUGGAGGCUCUGGACUUGGAGGCUCUGGCCAUCACGGUCUUGGCUCCAACGCAAGACCAUCCUACCCGAGUUACAGCAACGGCUUCUCCAGCAGUAGUGCUUCAGGUAUGGGCGGGAGCAUGUACAGAGGGAACACAUAUUCACUCGACCCAAGUCCUGUCGGAAGUCAUUCUGUUAGCUCUGCCAGCUCAAUGAGCGGAGGACCUGUCGAAGGCCUUGACCAGCACAUGGUGGAUGACAACGACGCCAAGAUGACUGAUGCUCCGCAACAGUACCAAUACUUCCCGGCAACCAUCUACGAAAGCAUACAUCCGAAGAACGAGUAUGCCCUUCCAUUGCCGGGGCGCAGGAUCAAAGAAGAGUACUCUGGCCCCGCAGCCAUGACCGGUGGCUGGCAAGUCGGAGGAUGCGGCAGAUUUCAGGGUAUGGAAACCAGUCGUGGAUAUUAUCCAGACGUACAUGCCCAUGCAGGGUACUGAGCCCGCCUGUAUACUCCCCAUUGUUCAUCGGAACAGUUGACCGGUUCAACAAGAUGGGUCGUACGCCCUGGACGUUCCAGGACGAGACGACAAGACUGUCCAAAAAGAAUGGACAGAACCCCCUUCAACAUCAUCAUCAUCAUCAUCACGCUUUCGAUUAUUCUUUCGGUUCUUUGGCGGCUCUAUUCACCUUACGACAUCUUAAUUUCUUAUCUUACCAAACUUGGUCCCGCAUCCUCACGAGCAGACGACGCACAAAUUACAGCAUCACAGCAUCUCAACAGAGGGGUCGACUGGUGCGACAAGC